UAGUUCUCUGUUUUGAAAUUUUAGGGUCAAUUGGGAUUGAAGCUGUGGCAUUAGAACAAUAUUUACCGCUGUGUCUGUGAAUUUGAUCUAACUUUUCCGGAUUUGAAUAAAUUUUAUCUUGGAAAAUGGCCUAUAAUUUGCAAUUCUGGCUAGUUUGUUUGGGAAUUUCAUGUCUCAAGCUGCUAUUUUUACCUUCCACUCAACGGACUUUGAGGUGCACCGCAACUGGCUAGCCAUCACCCAUAGCCUACCUCUCAGCCAGUGGUAUGUUGACAAGACCUCUCAGUGGACACUUGACUACCCACCUCUCUUUGCAUGGUUUGAGUGGCUGCUGGCUAAGGUGGCAGUUUUGUUUGACCCAGCCAUGCUUGAGGUUAACAACCUGGACUAUGCAUCACCCAUGACAGUGCUCUUUCAGCGUCUCUCAGUGAUCUUCACCGACCUCUUGUUUAUCUAUGCAGCCAGGCUGUGCGCGGGACAAGUUGGUCGCACCCACGGGGUAGGUCUGGUGCAGCCUGUCUUCCUGCUGCUUGUGUGCAACUGUGGCCUCCUGCUCGUCGACCACAUCCACUUCCAGUACAACGGCUUCCUGCUCGCCUUCCUGCUCAUGACCUUCUGCAGGAUACUGCAGGGCCGGCACGUGGAGGCGACACUGUGGUUCAGUGCGCUGCUCUGCCUGAAGCAUCUCUUCAUAUACCUGGCUCCUGCCCUGCUGCUCUACCUGCUGCGUGUGCACUGCCUGCGCAGGAUGCCUGGAGGAGGUCCUGUAAUGUGGAAGUCGACGGCUUGGGCCACGGCCCAGCUGGCCCUGCCUGCCCUGACAGUCGUCGCCAUCGCUUUUGGGCCCUUCGUGAUCAUGGGACAACUGGGCCAGGUGUUGUCGCGAUUAUUCCCCUUCAAGCGGGGCCUCAGCCACGCCUACUGGGCCCCCAACUUCUGGGCCCUUUACAACACCGCUGACUGGGCCCUGGCCAUUCUUGGACGUCGUGCUGGGCUGCUGGGGCCCAGCAACAGCACGCUGGCCAGCACGUCAGGCCGCGUCCAGGAGCUGCAGUUCUCCGUGCUGCCCAGCCCGCCGCCCGCCGCCGCCUUCCUUCUCACGGCCGCCGCCAUGGCGCCCGGGCUGGUGUGGGUGUGGCGGCGAGGGCGGGCGCCGUGGAGCGCCGUGAGGGGCGCUGUGCUGUGCGGGUUCUGCUCCUUCAUGUUCGGCUGGCACGUGCACGAGAAGGCCAUCCUGCUCGUCAUCAUCCCGCUCACGUGCGUGCUUUGCGGUGCUUACUGCUUAGUGAAACGUAGUGUUGUCGACUAG